GAGGGAAGGAAGUGUCAGCUUAGUACUGAUAACUAUAUUGUUGGGGAGUGUCACGCACACUCACUCUCAUGCACAUUACUCUGUCUCUCUGUCGCUCGCUCUCUGUAUGUCACACUUUCUCUGUGUCAUCUUCAUUUCCUUUUUAUAUUAGCUUGCUUCAUAAGCAAUAUUAGUGCUAGUUGACAGCAGAGGUCAGGGAGCUCGGUGCUGGCGGUGCAGACGGAGGAUUUUCUUCUUCUCAGAAGCCAUAACAUCCUAGUUGUUGCAUAAUCCGGUAGGAUGGCAGAGGGCGUUGUGGGUAAAUGCCCCCAGGUGUUUGUGGUGGACGCACAACCGAGCUACAUCUCCAUGCCCAGGGAGAAGGGAUUUAGAUGGGCAAGACCGGGCCCAAAGUUCCAUCUGCUGCUGGCGGGAGUCGCCCUGCUGGGACUCGUUGUCGAGGGAUGCUUCAUCUACCGACUCUUCAAAUCAGUGGAGGAACUUUCCUCCCCUAAAUGUCCUCCUCCCUGCCACAAUCUGUCCCAUCCCCAAACAUCUGCCCAAAAGGGUGGCCCCAUGAUGAGUAAAGACUCCAAUGAGCUUCCCAGAGUGCCACCACAUCUGGAUCUGAUCCAACACAGGCCCUUUGCUCAGCUGAUAGGCGCCAACGAGCCCUUUGGGCAGAACAACGUGGUGCUGUGGGUAAACAACGCCGGCGAAACCGUCACCCACAACAUGGGCUACAAGGAUGGCCAGUUGUUGGUGGAGCAAGAAGGUUACUACCACCUCUACUCCAAACUGACGCUGCAAUGCACAGAGGGGUCAUGUUUGAUCCAGCACAAGGUCAUGAAGAAGACCAGCGCCUACGGCAACGAUAUCGAACUCAUGAAGUCAAAGAGCGUCCGCUGCUGGACGCAGAGUUGUUGCAGUGAUAAGGCUUCACGGGGAGAGGAUCUGUGGAGCAGUUUUCUGGCUGGGAUCUUCCACCUGCAGAGUGGAGAUAGGAUCUUUGUCACUUUGGAGAAUAUAAACACGUUACGUCCAGGACCUACUGAAAACCUCAUGGGGGCCUUUAUGAUAUUUCCCGGUAAAAUUGCGCGAUGACGCCUCUCUGCCACAUUGGGAUGAGUUUCGACACAUUUGUGUGUUCACCCUGUUUCCUCUAGUGAUUUUUUGUAUAUAUCUUAUAUAUAACCUAAAUUAUACUAUACUCAAUUAAUGUACUUUAAUGGUUGAGAAAUCAUAAAAACGUAUCUGACAUUCAGAUGAUAAUAUCCUACAUGUUGCAUUGUUUG